AUGUGGGGGUAUCUGUGUUUCCUCUGCCACGCCCGGGGGUCUGAGCCCCGGACCCAGGAGGCCCAGGGAGCUGGAGGUGACCCUCAGGCAGCAAGACCUCAAAGGAAGCGUGAAAUCCCUGCUUACAGCUGUGCAUCACCUCGAGUGGGGCUCCUCUCAGGAGAAAAGACCAGCACCCAGGAAGCGGCUCAGCGGCAGCUGCUCCAUGAGGAGCUGAAGCUGGUCCUACAGCAGAAGGAGGUGAGGAAACAGGAGCCUGAGGCCCAGGCGACUCUCUGCAGAGCUAUGGAGGCCAGGAGCCGCAGUGCUGAGGAACUGAGACGAGCGGAGUUGGUGGAGAUUAUCGUGGAGACCGAAGCGCAGACGGGAGUCAGCGGUAUCAACGUAGCAGGCGGCGGCAAAGAAGGAAUCUUCGUCCGCGAGCUGCGCGAGGAUUCACCUGCGGCUAGGAGCCUCAGCUUGCAGGAAGGGGACCAGCUGCUGAGUGCCCGCGUGUUCUUUGAGAACUUCAAGUAUGAGGAUGCGCUUCGCCUGUUGCAAUGCGCCGAGCCCUACAAGGUCUCCUUCUGCCUGAAGCGCACUGUGCCCACGGGGGACCUGGCGCUGCGGCCCGGGACGGUGUCUGGCUUCGAGAUGAAGGGCCCGCGGGCCAAAGUGGCCAAGCUGAACAUCCAGAGUCUGUCCCCCGUGAAGAAGAAGAAGAUGGUGCCGGGGGCCCUGGGGACCCCUGCAGAUUUGGCCCCCGUCGACGUUGAGUUCUCCCUACCCAAGUUCUCCCGACUGCGUCGGGGUCUCAAAAGCGAGGCUGCCAAGGGACCUGUCCCAGCUGCCCCAGCCCGUCGCCGUCUCCAGCUGCCCCGGCUACGUGUCCGAGAAGUGGCUGAAGAGGCCCAGGUAGCCCGAAUGGCGGCCGCUGCUCCUCCCCCAAGGAAAGCCAAGGCUGAGGCUGAGGUAGCCACAGGAGCUGGGUUCACAGCCCCUCAGAUAGAGCUAGUGGGGCCCCGGCUGCCAAGUGCUGAGGUGGGUGUUCCUCAGGUGUCGGCUCCCAAGGGAGCCCCGUCAGCAGAGUCAGCCAGCGGCUUUGCCCUUCACCUGCCAACCCUUGGGUUAGGAGCCCCAGCUGCACCAGCUGUGGAGCCCCCAGUCAUCGGAAUCCAGGUUCCACAAGUGGAGCUCCCCACCCUGCCCUCUUUACCCCCUCUUCCCACACUUCCAUGCCUGGACACCCAGGAAGGGGCUGCAGUGGUGAAGGUCCCCACCCUGGAUGUGGCAGCGCCUUCCGUGGGAGUGGACCUGGCUUUGCCAGGUACAGAGGUGGAGGCCCAGGGAGAGGUACCUGAGGUGGCCCUGAAGAUGCCCCGCCUCAGUUUCCCUCGCUUUGGGGUUCGAGGGAAGGAAGCUACUGAAGCCAAGGAGGUCAAGGGAAGCCCUGAGGCCAAAGCAAAGGGUCCCAGACUUCGAAUGCCCACCUUUGGGCUUUCUCUCCUGGAGCCCCGGCCCUCUGGCCCCGAAGCUGUCGCCGAGAGCAAGCUGAAGCUCCCCACUCUCAAGAUGCCUUCUUUUGGCAUUGGUGUGGCUGGGCCUGAGGUCAAGGCACCCAAAGGGCCCGAAGUGAAGCUCCCCAAGGUUCCUGAUGUCAAACUCCCAAAAGUGCCUGAGGCAGUCAUUCCAGAUGUGCGACUCCCUGAGGUACAGCUGCCCAAAAUGUCAGAGGUGAAACUUCCAAAGAUCCCUGAGAUGGCCGUACCCGAGGUCCACCUUCCAGAAGUGCAGCUGCCCAAAGUCCCUGAGAUGAAAGUCCCAGAGAUGAAGCUCCCGAAGGUGCCUGAGAUGGCUGUGCCUGAUGUACACCUUCCAGAUGUACAGCUCCCAAAAGUUCCCGAAAUGAAGCUCCCAGAGAUGAAGCUCCCGAAGGUGCCUGAGAUGGCUGUGCCUGAUGUACGACUUCCAGAAGUUCAGCUGCCCAAAGUGUCAGAGAUGAAGCUCCCAAAGAUGCCUGAGAUGGCCGUGCCCGAUGUUAGACUUCCAGAAGUUCAGCUGCCCAAAGUGUCAGAGAUGAAACUCCCUAAGAUGCCUGAGAUGGCCGUGCCCGAUGUUAGACUUCCAGAAGUUCAGCUGCCCAAAGUGUCAGAGAUGAAGCUCCCAAAGAUGCCUGAGAUGGCUGUGCCCGAUGUUCGACUUCCAGAAGUUCAGCUGCCCAAAGUGUCAGAGAUGAAAGUGCCUGAUGUGAAACUUCCUGAAAUGAAGCUUCCAGAAAUAAAACUCCCCAAAGUGCCCGAGAUGGCAGUGCCUGAUGUCCACCUCCCCGAGCUGCAGCUGCCCAAAGUGUCAGACAUUCGGCUGCCUGAACUUCAAGUGUCACAGGUCCCAGAAGUGCAGCUUCCCAAGGUGCCAGAGAUGAAGCUGUCCACGGUUCCUGAGGCUCAGAGAAAAGCGGCAGGGGCGGAACAGGCAGAAGGGACUGAAUUUAGUUUCAAGUUGCCCAAGAUGACCAUGCCCAAGUUGGGGAAGGUGGGCAAGCCCAGUGAGGCAGGUCUUGAGGUUCCAGGUAAACUCAUGACACUUCCCUGUUUGCAGCCAGAGGUGGGCAGUGAGGUGGCCCGUGUUGGUGUCCCCUCCCUCUCUCUGCCGUCUGUGGAGCUUGACCUGCCUGGGGCCCUGGGCCUGGAAGGACAAGUCCAAGAAGGCAAAGUGGAGAAGCCAGAGGGCCCCGGGGUAGCAGCAGGUGUUGGAGAGGUGGGUUUCCGGGUGCCCUCUGUGGAGAUUGUAACUCCACAGCUGCCCACGGUUGCAGUUGAGAAAGAGCAGCUAGAGAUGGUAGAAAUGAAAGUCAAACCCACUUCCAAGUUCUCUCUGCCCAAAUUUGGACUUUCGGGGCCCAAAGUGGCCAAGGCAGAGGUGGAGAGGCCUGGGCGAGCCACCAAGCUGAAGGUGUCCAAGUUUGCCAUCUCACUCCCCAAAGCUCGAGCGGGGACCGAAGCAGAAGCAAAGGUUGCUGGGGAAGCAGGGCUGCUGCCUGCCCUGGACCUGUCCAUCCCACAGCUCAGCCUGGAUGCUCAUCUGCCCUCAGGCAAAGUGGAGGUAGCAGGGGCUGACAGCAAGCCCAAAGGGCCCAGGUUUGCUCUGCCCAAGUUUGGGGUGAAAGGCCGGGACUCUGAGGCUGAAGUACUAAUGGCGGGGGAGGCUGAGCUUGAGGGAAAGGGCCGGGGCUGGGAUGGGAAGGUGAGGAUGCCGAGGCUGAAGAUGCCAUCUUUUGGGCUGUCCCGAGGGAAGGAAGUAGAAGUGGAGGAUGGGCGUGUUAGCCCUGGGGAAAAACUGGAGGCCAUAGCUGCACAGCUUAAGAUCCCAGAGGUGGAACUGGUCACACCAGGAGCUCAGGAGGCAGCGGGGGUUGCCAGUGGAGUGAGACCAUCAGGCCUGCAGGUGUCUAGCACUAAGCAGGUGGUUGCAGAGGGCCAGGAGGGAGUGCUGAGGGUGCCCACACUGGGCAUCUCACUGCCCCAGGUAGAACUGGCUAGCUUUCGGGAGGCAGGCACUGAGAUUACAGCCCCUUCUGCAGAGGGUACAGCGGGCUCUGUGAUGCCGGAGCUGCCUGGAACCCAGGUGGCAGGUGGUGAUCUGUUAGUGGGUGAGGGCGUCUUUAAGAUGCCCACAGUGACAGUGCCCCAGCUAGAGCUGGAUGUGGGGCUGAGCCGUGAAGCCCAGGCUGGUGAAGCAGCUAAGAGUGAAGGUGUGCUGAAGCUGACGUUGCCCACGCUAGGAGCAGGAGGCAGAGGAGAGGGUCCUGAGCACCAGGACCCCGCGGCCCAGCGCACCUUCCAGCUCUCAUUGCCUGAUGUGGAACUCACUUCACCAGUGAGUAGCCACGCUGAGUACAGAGUGGCAGAGGGUGAUGGGGAUGCCGGACACAAACUCAAGGUUCGGCUGCCCCUGUUUGGUCUGGUGAGGGCUAAGGAAGGAAUAGAAGUUGGAGAAAAGGCUAAGAGUCCGAAGCUCAGGCUGCCCAGAGUGGGUUUCAGCCAAAGCGAGUCGGUCUCUGGAGAAGGCUCUCCAAGCCCUGAGGAGGAGGAAGAGGGUGGUGGGGAAGGGGCUUCGGGUCACCGGGGUCGGGUCAGGGUCCGAUUACCUCGUGUAGGCUUGGCUUCCCCUUCUAAGGUCUCUAAGGGACAAGAGGGUGAAACAACCUCCAAGUCCCCGGUUGGGGAGAAGUCACCCAAAUUCCGCUUUCCCAGGGUGUCGUUAAGCCCCAAGGCCCGGAGUGGGAGUAGGGACCGGGAAGAAGGUGGAUUCAGGGUCCGAUUGCCCAGUGUGGGGUUUUCAGAAACAGCGGCUCCAGGCUCCACAAGGAUUGAGGGAACCCAGGCUGCUGCCAUCUGA